AUGGCAACGGCGGGGAGCGUCCAGGGCCACGGCGCCCGGUUCGCGGCGGCGUGCGACGUGCUGAGCCGGUACGUGAAAGCGGCAUCAGCGGUGGCGACGACGACGACGACGACGGUGGAGCAGCCGCGGCCAGCGGCGGCGGGCACGGUAGUAGCGGUACUCCCUCUGAUGCCCGGCGCGGACCUAUCCACCGCUCAAGAGGAGGAGCCCGAGCCCCGAGGCGGCGGAUCAGGCGCCGAGCGCGAGCAGCUGACCAUCUCGUACGGCGCCCGGGUGGUGGUGCUCGACGACGUCCCCGCGGACAAGGCCGCCGCGCUGCUCCGGCUCGCGGCCGCCGCGCAACAAGGCGCCGCGCCACGGGUGCUGCGAAAUGAUGACCUGCUGCCCAUGGCGAGGAAUGCGUCGCUGCGGCAGUUCAUGGAGAAGCGCAAGGGCCGGGUCGCCAAGCGCGGUUCGCCAUACAGCCGUCCGGCGGAUGCCGCCGCCGCCGCGGUGGCGUCGUCGUUCCCGGACCAUCUAGCUCUCACGCUCUGA